UCUGGGACGAUCAUCUUUCACCUCACAUCUCAAUUCUUCGCGUCUCAUCACCUCUCACCCCUUUUCCCCAGCCUACCCGCAAGUAUGGCGAAGUCAAAAUUCGACAUGGGCGCCAUAUGGGCCGAUAUCAAAGCAUACCGCCGCGUCUAUCUUCUCACAGUCGUCGCAUCCUUUGGUGGCAUGCUCUUCGGAUGGGACACCGGAUUGAUCGGCGGCGUGCUCACCAUGGAUGCGUUCCGGCACUCGUUCAACCUCGACAAGGACAGCGAUAAUUUCAGCAACUUACAAGGCAACAUCGUGUCCGUAUUACAAGCUGGAUGUUUUUUCGGUGCCCUUUCAUCCUUUUACAUCAGCGACAAGUUUGGUCGCAAGAUGGCGCUGAUUAUUGCCGAUGUGAUUUUCAUCUUGGGCAGUUUGGUGCAGACGCUGUGUGCGAUUAACACGACGAGUUUGGCGCAGUUGUAUGUGGGGAGGGUUAUUGGUGGGUUUGGAGUCGGGUUGGUUUCUGCGGUUGUGCCGACGUAUAUCGGAGAGAAUGCCAAUAAGGAGAUUCGAGGGCGGUGCAUUGGAUGUAUGCAAUUGUUCAAUGUGACGGGUAUCUGCUUGUCCUUCUUCGUCAACUACGGAAUCAACAUCCAGAUAAAGACGUUGAGCGCAGCCAAAUGGCGCAUCCCGUUCGCGCUGCAGAUGCUUCCCGGUGUCCUUCUCCUGGUGGGAAUAGUGUUCAUGAACGAGAGCCCGCGGUGGUUGGUCGAGAAGAAUCGCUACCGAGAGGCAGGGAAGGCACUGGCUACAGUCCGUGGGAAAGCAAUUGACGAUGAAACUGUGGUUCAAGAGCUGGACGACAUCAUUGCCGACUUCCAGGGUCAUCAGAAGCUGACGCUCGGUGCCCAGCUCAAAGCGGCAUGCUCCAGCAAGCGCAUGUUUUACCAAACUUCUUUUGCUGUUAUCCUCAUGUUCUGGCAGCAGUGGACAGGUACUAAUUCAAUCAACUAUUAUGCCCCACAGAUCUUCGGAUCGAUCGGUUUGAAGGGAACUUCGGCGGGUCUCUUCGCCACCGGAAUCUACGGGAUUGUCAAGAUUGUUGUUACAGCCAUUGGCCUGAUGGCUUUUACGGAGCAGCUGGGACGCAAAUGGUCUCUCCUGAUUGGUUCAGCAGGUCAAGCGUUUGCCAUGUUCUAUAUUGGUGUGAACCAGGCCGUCAAUCCAGUGAAGGAGGGCGACGCGCUCAAUGGCAAUAGCAUAUUCGCCAUCAUCUGCGUCUACCUCUUCGUCGUCUUCUACUCAUUUGGGUGGGGUCCUACGCCAUUCAUUCUCUCUUCGGAAUGUUCCCCCAACCAUGUGCGUUCCCUUGUCAUGGCAGCAGCUUUGAUGACCCAAUGGUUGUUCAACUUCAUCAUAGCGAAGCUAACGCCCAUCAUGCUUGCGGAUAUCACGUACGGGACGUUCCUAUUAUUUGGAGCGUGCUGUGUGGCAAUGGGAAUCUACGUGGUUGUGUGUUGCCCGGAAACCAAGGGGGUUCCAUUGGAGUCUAUGCACCACCUUUUUGAAGGCAACAUCAUCGCAGGUUGCAUCCGAGACACGAUCCCUCGGUAUUCGCGGGCCAAGCAGCUGCAAUCCAGGCACGCUACCGACGACAUUGACUCUGAUGGUAAGCCAGGCACAGGACAGAAAGGUGCUGGUGCUGCUGUGGAUCACAUAGAACAGGCGUAG